CAGAUUCCCCUUUGUCUCCUCUUCCUCCUUAAACCCUAAUUUCAUUCAUCCCCAAAACCCUCUCAAUGACCACCGCCGCAGAUCAACCCGAUCCAUCUACGCAAACCACAAGAGUAAGCCCCAAGACAGUGGACGACGCAAUCACCUCUCUACUCAAAUGGAAAGCCGAGAAAUCAAAAACAGAGAAGCCUCAGCUCCUCGAGCAAGACGAGCAAACGACCCGCACGAACGCUCACCGAAUCCGAUUACCUCACCCGCUGAUCAACACGGAGGAAGAGUCCCCCGAGCUUUGCCUCAUCAUCGACGACAGACCUAAAAGCGGACUCACCAAGGAAGACGCGGUUAAAAAGAUCGAAUCCGAGAAUAUUCCGAUUACUAAAGUGCUCAAGCUCUCGAAGCUCAAGACUGAUUACAAGGCGUUUGAAGCGAAAAGGAAGCUUUUUGACUCGUACGAAAUGUUCUUCGCGGAUCGGAGAGUGAUUCCUAUGCUUCCGAGGCUGAUCGGGAAGAAGUUCUUUGUGCAAAAGAAGAUUCCUUUGCCUGUGGAUUUGAAGCAUAAGAACUGGAAGCAGCAGAUCGAGAAGGGAUGUGGCUCCGCUAUGUUUUUUGUGAGUACGGGGACGUGUAGCGUUGUGAAAGUUGGGAAGCUGUCGAUGGAUAGCGAUGAGGUUGUUGAGAAUGUGAUGGCGACGUUAAACGGCGUCGUUGAGGUGUUGCCUAGUCAGUGGAAGUACGUUAGGUCUUUGCAUUUGAAGCUGUCGGAGAGCGUUUCGUUGCCGAUUUAUCAGUGUGUGCCUGAUUUGAAGCUGAAGAUUGAUGAUUUUGAGGAGAAGAGUGUUGUUGAAAGUGGUGAGAAGAGUGAUGCUGUGAAGGGGCAGAAGAAGAAGAAGAAGGGUAGGAUUCAUGAGGUUAGGUGUAUGGAUAGUAAUGUAUCUGAGGUGCUUGAUGAAGAUGAGAUUAGUAUUGAGUCUGGUGGUGUUAAGGCGAAGAAGAAUAAGAGAAAGAAGGAGGGAAGUAUGGUUGAUGAUGAUGCUGAGAAACCGAAGAAGAAGGUUGCCAAGGGUAAUAGUGGGUUAAAGCCGGGGAAGAAGACAAUGGUUACAAAAGGUUUGAAACAAAAGAGGAAGAAGAGUGUGCUUAGAAGUUAAGGCAAUGGAACAUCAGAGGAUUAGAUCUUUAAGGUUUUUGCAUCUUUUUCAAUUAAGUAAUUUUAUGUUUUAUCGUAGUGAUGAUCACAUUUUGGGGUCUUCUAUAUCUUCUACUUCUUCUCGUAAACAUCUAACCGAUCUGAAUGUUGUUUGGUGGAGGGAACAUACUUAUGUUACCAGUUUUGAAUUUUUCUUAUUUAACUUAUUUUGCUAUAAACAACAAGUGUUUAUC